GUCACGUCGUUCGCUCUGAGAGGAGAGAUUACAUUAUACGGAUCUACUGACUGACAGCUCCCAAGCGAGCCUGCUGUAUUCUGUUGAAUUCUUCGCUUUCCGAGAAGAGGAGAGUAAAGCGCUAUGAAUGUGUCGCGGGCAGAGGACAAAGCUUUCCUACUGAUGAUGUAAAAGCUCAGUACGGCGUGAACAUUUACUCUAAGAAGAAUACAGACGCGAACAGGAUCUCGUCGCUUUGUAAUUUCUGGGACAUCGGCUGGCUACCAACGAAGAUGAGCCCCUGUUGUACAUUUUGAGGAAGCUGAAUUUUUGGCGAUUUGGAGCUGACAUCUGAAUGCCAGUCUGUUUUUUGUUAUUAGAUAAUUGUUUCAGUACAAGAGACAGUAGCGUUUGACUUGCUGAUGUUUUCUCUGUUUAUUUUCUGACCCAUUGAAACACGUUACUAAUGUAUUUUGCAGAGGGCAUAUCUUAGUGACCGUUUUUGACGUUUUUCUCCUCUCCGUUUUAUUUCGUUCAGUUCUGUCCCAAACAGACAGGCCAUUCUUAACUGCAGUUCGAGUGUCCAAUUUAUAUCGACAAUUUUUGCUCUACUAAGAAUUCACAUGUUCUGAAGUAACAACGAGACAGCUUUUAAAGGACAUUUUGUUCAUCUGUGCUCGCUUUCAGGCUCAUAUUUGAAGACAACUUAUACGCACCGCCAAAUGCUAGAGUUGAAUUAGAUCGUCGGUGGAACUGAAACUUUAAAAUAACACCUAUUAUCUAAAUACACUCAAAACAUCGCGGGCAUUGCCAUAUCAACGGAAUAUGUUGUUGAAGGAGUACAGAAUAUGUAUGCCGUUAACGGUGGAAGAGUACAGGAUCGGGCAGCUGUACAUGAUCAGCAAGCACAGCCACGAGCAGAGCGACCGCGGCGAGGGCGUGGAGGUGGUGCAAAACGAGCCCUACGAGGACCCCACGCACGGAUCGGGCCAGUUCACCGAGAAGCGCGUUUACCUGAACAGCAAGCUGCCCAGCUGGGCCAGGGCGGUCGUCCCUAAAAUCUUCUAUGUGACAGAGAAGGCCUGGAAUUACUACCCUUACACCAUCACAGAGUACACAUGCUCCUUCUUGCCAAAGUUCUCCAUUCAUAUAGAAACAAAAUAUGAAGACAACAAAGGCUGCAAUGACAAUAUCUUUGACAACGAGGCCAAGGACAUGGAGCGGGAGGUGUGCUUCGUCGACAUCGCCUACGACGAGAUUCCCGAGCGAUACUACAAGGAGUCCGAGGAUCUGCGGUACUUCAAGUCGGAGAAGACGUCACGGGGCCUGCUCCAGGAGGGCUGGAGGGACACACAGGACCCCAUCAUGUGCUCCUACAAGCUGGUGACUGUCAAGUUCGAGGUGUGGGGCCUGCAGACGCGCGUGGAGCAGUUUGUGCACAAGGUUGUGCGGGACGUCCUGCUCCUAGGACACAGACAAGCCUUCGCCUGGGUAGAUGAGUGGAUCGACAUGACGAUGGAUGAGGUGAGAGAAUUCGAGCGGGCCACUCAAGAAGCCACCAAUAAGAAGAUUGGGAUUUUCCCCCCGGCGAUCUCCAUCAGCGAGACCCCCCUGCCGUCCUGCGCCCGCAGCGGCCCUUCCAGCGCCCCCUCCACCCCGCUCUCCACAGAGGCGCCUGAGUUCCUCUCCGUGCCCAAAGACCGGCCCCGCAAGAAGUCCGCCCCAGAGACGCUCACCCUGCCCGAUCCCGCCCAGAGAGAGUCUGGCUUUCGGCUCUCCAGCCUCUCCCCCUGGCACUCCAGCCCCCAGCAGCCCGAGUGACGGGCCCUGCUCGUCCCGCUUUAACUCCACCUCCCCCUUCAGACAAAUCAGCCUCCAUGAUCCAAUCUGCAACACAAGCUCUCCGGCCCUAAUGUCCCCAAUCAUACACCUCUACACUCACAGGGCAUGCUCUCAGGCUGUACUUCAGUAAUCAAUCCCCAGUCUCACAGGCCACUCCAAUUAUCAAUCCUCACACUCUUGGAGGGGGUGCUCCAGCAAUCAAUCCUUAAACGCACAGGUUGUGCUCCAGUCAUCAGACCCCAAACUCAUAGGCUGCUCCGAUAAUCAGUCCCCAAAGUCAGAGGGUGUGCUUCAAUCAUCAAUCCCCAAGCUCACAGUUUGUACUUUUGUCAUCAAUCCCCAAAACGUACAGGCCCUACAUGCUCUAGUAACUACUCCCCCAAAUCACAAACCAUAUUCCAGUUCUUCUUACACAGAUGAUCUGGUAGUGCCUCUGUCCUCCACACAAACUUUGGCAGGAGUAGGCUGAAUCAGACCAGUCCUGAAUGGCUGCUUCUCUGACAUCGAAAUACAGUGCAGCAUGUGAGCGGUCUGAUUCAACAAACCCCAGAUAUUCGCCAAGAAACUUUGCAUUCAGUGUUGUGUGUCUUUCCGUUUUGUGUCUCUCUAGAUUUCAAACAUAAACCUAUACUUGAAAGCCAGAAUGUCAGUUAGUUUCUUCUUUCACUCAUUUAGUUUAUUCUUCAUCAUCAUCAAAAGAAAAAUUCAACUGGAUAAGUUGAUGUUCCAUAUGUGGCUUAAAUCUGGUUGUCCUGGCAACACAACAUCAGACGUGUUGGCAGUGGUCUGCAUUAUUUCCGCUGUACUAUAAAUAUCCCCUCAAAGGAAUGGAAUAAUUCAGAAAAGCAGAAUUAAUGAAACAGUUCAAACAGCUCAUGAAUAUAUACACAGAAUCCACAGAUAGAAUCUCUAAAGUUCAACUCGGCAAGAGUGUCAGAAUCUGCCAUAUUUACCUUAUCAACCGUAUCAACCUGGCAGUUCUGUUUGGAUACUUUCAUGCUACCUGUAUCUACCCAGAACCCGUACAAUCACUGAAAGAGAUGACGCCUCUCAGGUCUGCAUUACUCUUCUGCCUCAUGGAAGCUUUUGAUACACAGGGCAAGAAAUCUGCCUCUCUCUCUCCUACUUACUCGAUGGUUUUAACAAUAUACUCUAGCUGUAUUUUUUGUAUGUGUACUGACAUAUCAAUAUACACUCACAACUAUAGCAGGACAUGGAAGGUUUACACACAGCAAAUUACACAUGAGAAAAUAGGAGCAUGUUUAAAUUAACCUUAAAGGCGUUUGGUGAACUUUGAUGAAUAAGGAAUCAAUUCACUUGAGGUAUGAGGAACGGGGAAUCAGUUCACUAGUGUUGACGUAAAAUAAACUUGUUUUUGUUGCUCUGUAUUUAGUAUCAGUUUGUCUUCAGAUUCUGAACAGGACAGAGUGUACUGGCAAAAUAGCACAGAGACUAAUGUGAACAGACUGUACAAACAUUUCUGUGUAGCACAGCACAGCAAAGCACGAAUUUAAAGACAUUCACUGUUCAUUUUUUCAUCUUGGUCAGACAGACAGAUAAUGUGAGCGUUGUGAUUACAGCUGUUGCAUUAUGUAGUUGCAGGAACUUAAACUUUGUCCCCACUUUUAAAUGACCAUUAUUACUUUAUCAACAAUAAUAAAAACAUCCUGAUGAGUGUCAAGCAUGUCAGACAUUUGAAAUCUUUCCAAUUACAUGAUGAUAAUGAGCGGUAAAAUCGACAUGGCUCGGUUUUACACUGGGUACGGUGGAGAGAGUGUAGGGGUCAAGAAGAGAUAGAGAAUGAACAGGGCCAGGUGAGGCACUUCAAAACCUCACCUCACAUCCCUGGGUAUCUAAAUACAAUCUAAAUUCAAUCGAAAUCCCUUUUCCAUUUUUGUCGUCUUUGGAAUGCCAGUUAAUAUUGCUUGACAAUGUCAGUGUAUGGGUUUUGAUGGCUAAGAAAAUAUUUUUAAAAUCUGCCACAAGUUGCUCAU